AUGACGUGUGAUACUACAACUAAUUUACAUGGUAAAGUAAUUGUGGUGACAGGUGGAAGUUCAGGAAUGGGCUUUGCAGCUGCUAAAAAUUUAGCAAGUCAUGGAGCCAGAGUCAUUAUCACGAGCAGAAACGAAACGAAACUGAAAGCAGCCCAACACCAUAUCAUAGAAGCAACCGGUAAUUACAAUGUUGAGUACAAAACUGUUGAUUUGGGAUCUCUUAAAUCAGUGAGGAACUUGGCGAGUGAAUUGAAUGCUGAAGAUCAAAUAAAUGUGUUGAUAAACAACGCAGGAGCAGUAGGACUUCCAGACAGAAUGACACCUGAUCACUUGAAUCUCAAUAUGCAAGUGAAUUACUUUGGAACUUUCUUGCUUACGUUCCUAUUGCUGCCUAAGUUAAAAGCGUCAGCUCCGAGUAGGAUCCUUAACGGAGUUGGAGCAGCAAUGUAUUUUGGUGAAAUUAACUUUGAUCACUGGAACGACGUUGGAAGAUAUGAUAUAGUAAAAGCACUGGGAUCAUCGGAAUUGGCAAUUAAUUUGUUCAAUGAAGAAUUAAGUAGGAAGUUAAGGUAUGAUGGAGUGACUGCUAAUGCUUAUGAUCCAUUUGUGGUACGAGACACUGAUAUCCUGCAAAAUCUUUCAGGGAUUGUUAAGAAGAUUUCCAAAUUGUUUAUUAAUGUCGUUGGACAGAGCAGGGAAGAUGCUGGUCGUGAGAUAGCGUAUUUAGCGUCUGCCCCAGAAUUGGAAGGUGUUAGUGGAAAUUUGUACAAGUUUUGUCACAAAUUCAAAAAUCAUUGGUUGGUGAAUGAUCGGCAUUUGACGAAGCGCUUAUGGGAAGAGUCGAAGAAAGCUGUGAAGAUAACGAAGUAUGAAGACUGGGAACAUCAUGAUUCUAAGUGA